GUUAGAAAGUUAAUGGCUGGGGGAAAGAGAUCCUCCUCAACCCUCGCUUCGGGAGAGUUUCUGGAUUCCCUGAAGUAAAAUCACGCAAAUAUCCAAGAAGAAAGAGCUUGGACGGACGUUUACGUCACCAACUAGCUCGUGAACACACGUAUUGUGAACAGAAGUAUGCAGGAUGCAGUAGCCGGGACGGCAAUGCUGACGGACGGCUUCGAGGACGAGAUUGACUCGGUGACUCCUCGCUCCCCAGUGGCAGGGAUGGGGGUAGGAGCGACACCAGGAGGAGUCGGACUAGGGGGCAUUGGGAUUGGUGUAGGCGGAAAGAAAGUACGUUUAUACGGCGAACCAGGUGGGCCUGCAGCAGAAAGACUGGAUUUCAAACUGGCGGCCGCGGCCGUCCUCUCCUCGGGUCCAGGAUCCGGCAGCGACGAAGACGAGGUUUCAGAGGUGGAGUCAUUCAUUUUGGACCAGGAGGACCUUGAUAACCCCAUCAUGAAGACGGCUUCAGAGUUGCUUUUAUCCAGCGCCACAGAUGGAGUAGAUUUGAGGACGGUAGAUCCAGAGACACAGGCUCGACUUGAAGCUCUACUUGAAGCUGCAGGCAUCGGUAAACUGUCCACUGCCGAUGGUAAAGCUUUUGCAGACCCCGAAGUGCUACGGAGACUGACGUCAUCUGUUAGCUGUGCCCUGGACGAAGCUGCAGCCGCCCUGACGCGCAUGAGGGCCGAAAACACACUCAACGCCGGCCAAGCCGACAACCGUAGUUUAGCAGAGGCGUGCUCAGAUGGGGAUGUCAAUGCGGUGCGUAAAUUGCUCGAUGAGGGACGGAGCGUCAACGAACACACAGAAGAAGGGGAGAGCCUGCUGUGCCUCGCCUGCUCGGCUGGCUACUAUGAACUUGCACAGGUUUUGUUGGCCAUGCAUGCCAAUGUGGAGGAUCGGGGCAUCAAGGGAGACGUAACGCCACUAAUGGCUGCCGCCAGUGGUGGUUAUGUGGACAUCGUCAAACUACUUCUGGUCCACGGAGCAGAUGUAAACGCACAGUCCUCCACAGGCAACACAGCUUUGACGUACGCAUGUGCUGGUGGCUUCGUGGAUGUGGUGAAGGUGCUACUCAAAGAGGGUGCUAACAUUGAGGACCACAACGAGAACGGACACACACCUCUAAUGGAGGCAGCCAGUGCCGGCCAUGUAGAGGUGGCCAGGGUACUCUUGGAGUAUGGCGCCGGCAUCAACACACACUCCAAUGAGUUCAAGGAGAGCGCUCUCACACUCGCCUGCUACAAAGGUCACUUGGAUAUGGUGCGUUUUCUGUUGGAGGCCGGAGCAGAUCAGGAACAUAAAACAGAUGAGAUGCACACGGCACUAAUGGAGGCGUGCAUGGACGGCCAUGUGGAGGUGGCACGGCUGCUGUUGGACAGCGGAGCGCAGGUCAACAUGCCAGCAGAUUCGUUCGAGUCGCCCCUCACCCUCGCAGCCUGUGGAGGACAUGUGGAGCUGGCAGCACUGCUCAUAGAGAGGGGAGCCAACUUGGAGGAGGUAAAUGAUGAAGGCUACACACCUCUGAUGGAGGCAGCUAGAGAAGGCCAUGAAGAGAUGGUAGCACUGCUGCUGGCUCAAGGCGCUAACAUCAAUGCCCAGACGGAGGAGACGCAGGAGACGGCUUUGACUCUAGCAUGCUGCGGAGGUUUCUUGGAAGUAGCGGACUUCCUGAUCAAGGCGGGCGCAGACAUCGAGUUGGGUUGCUCCACACCUCUAAUGGAGGCUGCACAGGAGGGCCACCUGGAGUUGGUGAAAUACCUACUGGCUGCAGGGGCGAACGUUCAUGCCACAACAGCAACGGGUGACACAGCUUUGACGUAUGCGUGUGAGAACGGACACACGGACGUGGCGGAUGUGCUGCUGCAGGCUGGAGCCAACUUGGAACACGAGUCUGAGGGGGGGCGGACGCCCUUAAUGAAGGCAGCGAGGGCAGGACAUCUGUGUACAGUGCAGUUCCUUAUCAGCAAAGGUGCUAACGUGAACAGAGCUACAGCCAACAAUGACCACACAGUGGUGUCGCUGGCCUGCGCUGGAGGACACCUGGCUGUGGUGGAGCUGCUGCUGGCACAUGGGGCCGAUCCUACACACAGACUCAAAGAUGGUUCAACCAUGUUGAUAGAAGCUGCUAAGGGAGGCCACACGAAUGUGGUGUCCUACCUGUUGGACUACCCCAACAACAUCCUGUCUGUCCCAGCCCCCGACCUCUCCCAGCUCACUCCCCCCUCGCAAGAUGCCUCUCAGGUUCCUCGUGUCCCAUUCCAAUCUCUCGCCAUGGUAGUGCCCCCUCAGGAGCCAGACCGAGCCCCAUCAAACAUCGCCACACCCCCACCCGUCUCCAGCAAAGGCGGGUCAAAACAGAGACAAGCGGCCCUUCAGCCCGGUGUCCCCAGCUCAGGCGGCCGGGGGCCUGAAGCCGAGCCUCUGCCGCCCUUCCACCUAUGCCAGCCUCUGGAGUGCAUUGUGGAGGAGACGGAGGGAAAGCUGAACGAGCUGGGCCAGAGAAUCAGCGCCAUCGAGAAGGCCCAGCUGCAGUCGCUUGAGCUCAUUCAGGGGGAGCCGCUCACCAAAGACAAGAUUGAGGAGCUGAAGAAGAGCAGAGAGGAGCAGGUGCAGAAGAAGAAGAAAAUCCUGAAGGAGCUGCAGAAGGUGGAGCGACAGCUACAGCUAAAAACACAGCAACAGUUCACCAAAGAGUACAUGGAGGCGAAGGGUUUAAAGGAGGAGGAGGAGGCCGGACAGAGUCAGGGCCCGGGCCCCGGAUCGUCUCCGGCCGGGCCCCUUCCCUGCGCAGGGGCACAAGUUCACACUAGCUCUGACACGGAUGAAGAGGCUAACAGAGAUGGGGAGCAAGACGAGCAGCCAGGAGAGGAAGGGGAAGAGGAUGAGGACGAAGACGACGAAGACGAGGGCUCAGAGGACGAAGCGGACGGAGAAGAAGACGAUUACCCCAAGCUUCCUCAGGUGGGCACAAUCCUCUACAGGGAUGGGCCUCAGCCACCACAGCAGCCUCCUCUGCCCCCCUCGCCGCAGGCCCAGCCCCAGCCCCCCCCUCUGCCUCUGCAGAACGCCUUCGUCCCUAUCCAGCCGCUACCGGACUACAACCCUGCGGACUACCCGGGAAGCACCAGCCCAGAGCUGCAGAGGGUACUGGUGGGGCAGCAGAUGCUGGGCCAGCAGCAACAGGGUCAACAGUUGGGAGGGCUAGGCCCAGGGAUGAUCCCUCAGCAGGCCCCGGAUGGGCUCAUGGUAGCCACACCUGCACAGACGCUCACAGACACGCUGGACGACAUCAUGGCGGCUGUGAGCAGUCGUGUGCCCAUGCUGAACACUACAACCUCGCCCACGCCCCUGUCCCAGCCACCCACACAGAUGCCCUCAAACAUCUCCUCGCCCCCGUCAGUCCUGCCCCUCUACCCCUCUGUCGACAUUGAUGCACAUACGGAGAGCAACCAUGACACAGCGCUGACGCUGGCGUGUGCAGGAGGACACGAGGAACUCGUAUCUGUCCUCAUUGCACGGGGAGCCAACAUUGAGCACCGGGACAAAAAAGGUUUUACUCCUCUGAUCCUGGCCGCCACUGCUGGACACGUAGGAGUAGUGGAGGUGCUUCUGGAUAAAGGGGGUGACAUUGAGGCUCAGUCAGAGAGAACCAAAGACACGCCCCUCUCCCUCGCCUGCUCUGGGGGACGCCAGGAGGUGGUGGAGUUGCUGCUGCUGCGGGGAGCCAAUAAGGAACACCGCAAUGUUUCCGACUACACGCCUCUUAGCCUGGCAGCCUCUGGGGGUUACGUCAACAUCAUCAAGAUACUCCUCAAUGCUGGAGCUGAGAUAAACUCCAGGACUGGCAGUAAGUUGGGAAUCUCUCCUCUGAUGCUGGCGGCCAUGAACGGUCAUGUACCAGCGGUGAAGCUGUUGCUAGAUAUGGGCUCGGACAUCAAUGCCCAGAUCGAAACCAACAGAAACACGGCUCUGACCCUCGCCUGCUUCCAGGGGCGGGCUGAGGUCGUUAGUCUGCUGCUCGAUCGCAAGGCCAAUGUGGAGCAUCGCGCUAAGACCGGUCUUACUCCUCUGAUGGAGGCGGCCUCAGGAGGUUAUGCAGAAGUGGGUCGAGUGCUUCUGGACAAAGGCGCCGACGUCAACGCUCCCCCUGUCCCCUCAUCCCGAGACACUGCCCUUACUAUUGCUGCUGACAAGGGCCACUACAAGUUUUGUGAGCUGCUUAUCAACAGGGGAGCCCAUAUCGAUGUACGAAACAAGAAAGGGAACACCCCCCUGUGGCUGGCGGCAAAUGGUGGUCAUUUUGAUGUGGUUCAGCUCUUGGUGCAUGCCAGUGCUGAUGUGGAUGCGGCCGACAACCGCAAGAUUACUCCACUCAUGGCGGCCUUUCGCAAGGGUCACGUGAAGGUGGUGCAGUAUCUUGUAAAGGAAGUCAAUCAAUUCCCAUCAGAUAUCGAGUGCAUGAGAUACAUCGCUACCAUCGCUGACAAGGAGCUGUUGAAGAAAUGCCACCAGUGCAUGGAGACCAUCGUUAAAGCCAAAGACCAGCAGGCAGCCGAGGCCAACAAGAACGCCAGCAUCCUCCUCAAGGAGUUAGACUUGGAGAAGUCCCGAGAGGAGAGCAAGAAGCAAGCUCUGGCUGCUAAACGUGAGAAGCGUAAGGAGAAACGCAAGAAGAAGAAGGAGGAGCAGAAGAGGAAGAUGGAGGAAGAGGAGGGGCAGAAAACUAAGGAAGACUUCUCUGAGAUGCUGGAGCUAAAGGAAGAUUCAGCUGAUG